AUGCUUAGGCUCCGCUGGCUGACGUGGGACGCGAAGGACACGCUGCUGCGGCUGCGGCAGCCCGUGGGGGACAGCUACGCGGCCGAGGCCCGCGCCCGCGGGCUGCAGGUGCCGGCGGCGGCGCUGUCGCGGUCGUUCCGGGAGGCGUACGGAGCGCAGAGCCGGCGCUUCCCCAACUACGGCCGGGGCCAGGGCCUCAGCUCCCGGCAGUGGUGGGCGGACGUUGUGCAGCAGACCUUCGUGCUCUCGGGCGUGCACGACCGCGCAGUGCUAGCGGCGAUGGCAGAGAAGCUCUACGACGACUUCUGCAGCGCCGACAACUGGGAGCUGCUGCCGGGCGCCAGCCAGACGCUGAGCCGGUGCCAGCAGCGGGGCUUCCGCAUGGCAGUCGUCUCCAACUUCGACCAGAGGCUGGAAACCAUCCUCUGCCAGUGCCACCUGCGGCACUACUUUGACUUCGUCCUCACCUCAGAGGCCACAGGCUUUGCCAAGCCGGACGGGAGGAUCUUCCAGCAGGCCCUGAGCCUCGCCGGGGUGCCGCCGGGGCAGGCAGCUCACAUCGGGGACGACUACGCCCGGGAUUACCUGGCAGCCCGGGCCCUGGGCAUGCACAGCUUCCUGCUCCGCGUUGCCCAGCAGGGUGAGCAGCCAGAGGUGCCCCCCGAGCAUGUCCUGCCCACGCUCGGCCACCUCCUGGCUCGUAUUGAGAAGGUGUAGCUGCGUGGUGCAGGGGCAGCAGCACUGCUGCUGCGCCGUCAGCUGGUCCUGGGAGGGAUUUCUUGCUGCUGACUGAGCAGGGAAAGGCAAUGAGAGCCUUUGGAACGCUGCUGCCGCUGGAGCAGGAGGGUGGUGAGGCAAUUAAAAUGUUACCUGGCACUCAGCGUCAGAGCUCUAAGAACACCAUGGGAGAGGGUCAGUGCUGCUCUCUGCCCCUAAUGCAGCUGGCACUGGGUGAAGGCUCCUUCUGGCAGGAGGGCUGGGGACGUACCUUGAGGUUUAGCCUUUCUUGGUCGCCUCAGGAAGAAACUCAAACAUUCCCCAUCAGGGCUGGGGCUGGUCCUGCUCUAGGGAAGAUCUGCUCACAGAGAGCACCCAGGAGACCUGCACACAGGCCCUGCAUGCCCCAGGUUUGCCAUCUCAGCAGCAUCCCCUUCUCCAGCUGUGGCAGGAGGCAGCUGCAGGCGUCUUGCUGCAGGCAGACUGGUCUAGAGGUGGGCAGUUCCACUUAACUAAUACUGCUAAUUAGCAAACUUUACUUAUUAUUAUGAAAUAAAGACAGAUUUUAAACAGC